ACAUUCUUCAAAAGAAGGCGAGAAACGGUGUCAACUUCCUGUACACGAAGUCUGCAGUUUUUCUGACAUAAAUUCUUCAAUUUUGGUGUUGUACAAACUGGAAAUCGAAUAGUUGUCUUAUAAAUGCCAAAAGUUGUCUUUUUGCACCCAGAUCUGGGUAUUGGUGGAGCUGAAAAGGCCGUUGUAGAUGCGGCGCUUGCAUUAAAGUCUCGGGGUCAUGAAGUUGAGUUUGUGACAGCUCAUCACGACCCUAGCCACUGCUUCAAAGAAACUCGCGAUGGCAGUUUUAAAGUUACUGUUGCGGGUGACUGGUUACCAAGAAGUAUUUUAGGACGUUUUUAUGCUGUUUGUACAUAUGUACGCAUGGUGUAUGCAGCAGUAUAUCUGGUUUUCUUCAGUGACAUUGCUUUUGAUAUUGUUUUCUGUGACCAAAUAUCAGCAUGUGUGCCAAUACUGAAAUGUUCAAAAGGAAAAGUGUUAUUUUACUGCCAUUUUCCUGACAUGUUACUUGCCAAGAGGGACACUCUUUUGAAAAGAAUCUACAGAGCGCCUAUAGACUUGUUAGAGGAAUGGACAACUGGGAUGGCACACGUUAUUCUUGUGAACAGUAAAUUUACUGCAUCUGUCUUCCAAAACACAUUUAUGUCACUGGGCAAAUGUAAACCAUCAGUCCUGUAUCCUAUACCGGACUUCACAGCAUUCAAUAAGCCAGUGGAUGAACCUGUCGAUGAUCUUCUACCCAGCAAUAAAAAACUUGUAUUCCUGUCUAUCAACAGAUAUGAACGCAAGAAAAAUUUAUCACUGGCAAUACAAGCGUUUGGACAACUGAAGGAUAAGAUCUCAAAAUCUGAAGGCGACAGGAUUCAUUUGAUAAUGGCGGGUGGUUACGAUGAAAGAGUUACUGAAAACAAGGAGCAUUAUCUAGAGCUUAGACGUCUGUGUGAUAAAUUAGGUAUCAAUGAAGAUGUGACAUUCCUACGUUCCAUUAGUGACAUGCAGAAACGAGUACUGCUCGAAAACUGUGAUUGUUUAAUAUACACGCCAGAUAAGGAACAUUUUGGCAUAGUGCCAAUAGAAGCUAUGUAUAUGAAAUGUCCAGUUAUUGCUUGCAGUAGUGGUGGUCCACUAGAAACAGUUGUUGAUGGAAAAACAGGAUACCUUCGGGAAGGACUUCCUGACCAAUUUGCAGAAGCAAUGGAAAGAAUAGUGUGUGAUCCAAAAUCUGCCGAAAAACUAGGCGAGGCAGGAAAGAAACAUGUUGAGGAGAAAUUUUCAUUCAGGGCAUUUACAGACCAACUAAAUACAGUUAUUACUGAUUUAGUUAAAUAAGCAAUUUUUUCAUUCAUUUUCAUGUAGUAAUACAUAAGAAAAAUAAAUACAGAAAUAAUUUGUUGAAAAUGUCU